CCAGUUCGCCGACUAAGCAGAAGAAAGAUCAAAAAACGGAAAAGAGGAGAGCAAACAGGCACUUUCAAGAACAAUCCCCUCAUCUCUAAGCCAAGAGCGCUCUAGGAAUCCAAAUUCAGUGCCUCCUGAAGACAAAGGCGCCGCGACCCCAGGGCGUGGGCCCCGCCGCGGAGCCCACACGGCUCGGCUGCCCCGACGGCCACAGACCAUGUCUCCCACCCUCCGACCCGCUCGCAGGCUGCUGCUCCCCAUGCUCACGCUCGGCACCGCGCUCGCCUCGCUCGGCUCGGCCCAGAGCAGCAGUUUCAGCCCCGAAGCCUGGCUGCAGCAGUAUGGCUACCUACCCCCUGGAGACCUGCGUACUCACACACAGCGCUCACCCCAGUCACUAUCAGCUGCCAUCGCUGCCAUGCAGAGGUUCUAUGGUUUGCGAGUGACAGGCAAAGCCGAUGCAGACACUAUGAAGGCCAUGAGGCGCCCCCGCUGUGGUGUUCCAGACAAGUUUGGGGCUGAGAUCAAGGCAAAUGUCCGAAGGAAGCGUUAUGCCAUCCAGGGCCUCAAAUGGCAACAUAACGAGAUUACUUUCUGCAUCCAGAAUUACACCCCCAAGGUGGGCGAGUAUGCCACAUUCGAGGCCAUUCGCAAGGCAUUCCGCGUGUGGGAGAGUGCCACACCACUGCGCUUCCGCGAGGUGCCCUAUGCCUACAUCCGUGAGGGCCAUGAGAAGCAGGCCGACAUCAUGAUCUUCUUUGCCGAGGGCUUCCAUGGUGACAGCACGCCCUUCGAUGGCGAGGGUGGCUUCCUGGCCCACGCCUACUUCCCGGGCCCCAACAUUGGAGGAGACACCCACUUUGACUCUGCCGAGCCCUGGACUGUCCGGAAUGAGGAUCUCAAUGGUAAUGACAUCUUCCUGGUGGCUGUACACGAACUGGGCCAUGCCCUGGGCCUCGAGCAUUCCAAUGACCCUUCAGCCAUCAUGGCACCCUUUUACCAGUGGAUGGACACAGAGAACUUUGUACUGCCCGAUGAUGACCGCCGAGGCAUCCAGCAACUUUAUGGAAGUGAGUCCGGGUCCCCCACCAAGAUGCCCCCUCAACCCAGGACUACCUCUCGGCCCUCUGUCCCUGAUAAGCCCAAAAACCCCACCUAUGGGCCCAACAUCUGUGACGGAAACUUUGACACUGUGGCCGUGCUCCGAGGGGAGAUGUUUGUCUUCAAGGAGCGCUGGUUUUGGCGGGUGAGGAAUAACCAAGUGAUGGAUGGUUACCCAAUGCCCAUUGGCCAGUUCUGGCGGGGCUUGCCUGCAUCCAUCAACACUGCCUACGAGAGGAAGGAUGGCAAGUUUGUCUUCUUCAAAGGUGACAAGCAUUGGGUGUUUGACGAGGCUUCCCUGGAACCUGGCUACCCCAAGCACAUUAAGGAGCUGGGCCGAGGACUGCCUACUGACAAGAUCGAUGCCGCUCUCUUCUGGAUGCCCAAUGGAAAGACCUACUUCUUCCGGGGAAACAAGUACUACCGUUUCAAUGAGGAGCUCAGAGCAGUGGAUAGCGAGUAUCCCAAAAAUAUCAAAGUCUGGGAAGGAAUCCCUGAGUCUCCCAGAGGGUCAUUCAUGGGCAGCGAUGAAGUCUUCACUUAUUUCUAUAAGGGGAACAAAUACUGGAAAUUCAACAACCAGAAGCUGAAGGUGGAGCCAGGCUACCCCAAGUCAGCCCUUCGGGACUGGAUGGGCUGCCCAUCAGGCGGCCGGCCUGAUGAGGGAACUGAGGAGGAGACGGAAGUGAUCAUCAUCGAGGUGGACGAGGAGGGCGGUGGGGCAGUGAGCACCGCUGCCGUAGUGCUGCCUGUGCUGCUCCUGCUUCUGGUGCUGGCCGUGGGCCUUGCUGUCUUCUUCUUCAGACGCCAUGGGACCCCUAAGCGACUACUCUAUUGCCAGCGUUCCCUGCUGGACAAGGUCUGACCCCCACUGCCGGCCCGCCCACUCCUACCACGAUGAGGACUUUGCCUCUGAAGGCCAGUGGCAGCAGGUGGUGGUGGGUGAGCUGUCCCACCCGUCCCAAGCUCCUUUCCCACCCAACCCCUCUGUACCCUAAUCCUCUUCCCUUGACCCGUUUCUUCUCUUUGUCCCCUGACUGGCCUCUCCCACCCUUGCCUCUGGCAUCUCUUCUUUCCUAGGAGGGUCCCCUGGGGGCUGAGCAAGGGAGGACCCUUUCAGUCCCUGCCCCUCAGGGGAACCCUGUAGCUUGGUGUGUGUCCAGCCCCAAAUGAAUGUCUUGGGGGCUCUGCACUUGAAGGCAGGACCCUCAGACCUCGCUGGUAAAGGUCAAAUUGGGGUCAUCUGCUCUUUUUCAAUUCCCUAGCAUAUCUUUAACCUCUGAACUCUGACCUCAGGAGGCUCUGGGCACCCCAGCCCCACAAGCCCCCAGGUGUAUCCAGUUGGCAGCCUCCUACCACCCUUUCUAGCUGAAAGGAAUCCAAUUUUGUGUGGAGGCAAUCUUGAGGGAGUGGGGGAUGGGGACUGCCCAGCUACCCUAAGACCUUGGGAACAAAACUCAAAAUGAAGGUCUGUAUUAUUAGAUGAGUCCAGCUCCUCUCCACAGAGAUCUACUUCUGCUCCCAGCUACCCCAGAGAGCUUCCAAGGAAGGAGCCUGAGCCAUUAAGAACUAAAUUGGGGCUAGAGAAACCCCUGGCAGCCUUACCCUUCUCAAAUGGUAGCCUUGGAUGGAAUUUCAAGGUUGGAGGAACUACCGGGGUGGGUGGGCCAAGGGGAGAGACCCAGGGGUCUGGAGCCCUGGGGAUGAGCCUGAAGGCCAAGAAAGAACCAUACUCAAAUGCAGGCAGCUGUGGCUGGGACCCAGGGGCAGAACAGUCAGAGGGGACAGAAUGGGACCAAAA